GCGUUCAAGGAUAUGCUGUAUUCUGCCCAGGACCAGGCCCCCUCUAUCGAAGGUAAAAUAAGCUGUGUGUGUACGUGCAUACUGCACACUAUUAGGGCCUGACCCCCCCCCCCCCCCCCCCUUGGCCUUUCAGUAUCAAACAAAUUCUGCAGAAAUCAAUGCGAGAACAAAGUAAAUCAUCUAGGAGAGAUGAGCAAAGUGAGAAAAAAUAAAACCAGAGAAGGAAAGGGAGAGAGCAGAGGAAAAGAGUGUUGAACCAGGGACAGGAAGCGAAAUGCACAAUAAUCAUAUUUCAUCUCUCAAAUACCCCUCCCUCUAAAUGAAGCUUCUGUCCAUCAGUCUUUGGUCUAACAGCCAGGAGAAUGACAAUGCUUUGCUCAGGCCUUUUUCUACUGUCGCUGGCGUCAUCAUAGCUGCUUUCAGUUUAUUGGACGGCUAAUCCGUUUCUACAGCGUGAUUCUCAGUGAAACGCGUCGUGUCCCUUUGUUAAGAGUUCCCUGUGGUGUCUCUGCAUGGCAUUGUGUAUUUGGAGACUUAAUCAAACUUGUUAUGUUUGACCAGCCACAGAGGCUACUCUGUUCCACUCAUCUGUCAACACCUUUAUAGGAGCCUGAAGUCAGUAACACAGUCAAAGCUGGUGGGAACUGCAGUAUAGACAUGUAGGUGGAGGAUUGUAUAGUGUAGCUACACUCAUUAGGGUGUCAACCCUCAGAUGAGCCUGAAGUUAGACAUGGGUGUUAGGCUAGUCAAAGCUGGAAGGAUCUCGAGCAGACAUGUAGGUGGAGGAUUGUACAGGGUAGCUUCUCUCAAAAGAUAGAAAGGGUUUACUAUCAAACCUGUGUAUGUCUCUCUCUGUGUCUGACCUGGGUUCAAAUACAAUUUGAAAACAUUUCAAAUACUUUAGCCACCUACCUGGCACUCCAGGCAGGCAAAAGCAAACACUCAAAGUAUUUGAAAGAUUUCAAAUAGUGUUUAAAGUGUUUUUGAAGUGUGUGUGUGUGUGUGUGUGUGUGAUAAAUAUCUAGAGCCCGACCGAUAUGGGAUCUUUGGGUCCGAUACUGAUUUUAGGGAGGCAAAAGUUACCGAGAUAUCUGCCGAUACAUGUUUUUUUUUCCACAAAUUGUUCUCCAAAGGAUGAACAGAUACUCUAAAUUAUGAUUUCUUAACUAAAUAUAAAACAUUUACAUUAUUUAAGAAAAUUGUAUUUGUCCUUUACAUAACCACCAAAAAGCAACUAUAUAUCCUCUAUAAAUACAAAAGUAAAUAUAACACUCUUUCAGUUUACCUUCUUAGGUACAACCUAAAGAUGUGUCUGUCUAUGGCAGUGGAUAAGAAGGCAGAAGUGUUUGUGCUGAAGCACCACAAGCGCACUAAUAAACAAGAAGGGCUGAAUGAAUUCAACUUUGUCUCAAAGUAAAUCUGAAACUGCACUGUUCACAAGGUCACAAACUAUGCAGUGGAAUCCUGUAACAUGCAGUUCAUAAUGUCACCACUUAGUAGAUUCACUACAGUGCUUUACAAAAAAGUCAAAGGUCAUGGAAAGAAACACUUUAUGGCAACCUUGCAAUGAGAGCUUGUUCAGAGAUACUUUUGAGGAGAUGGGGGAACUCUAUUGGAAUCGUAUCAACGGCCAUUGUGUAUGUUUCCCAUGCGUUGUCAAUGGACUGCGCUGGGCGAUUCUGGGACAAGGUGAGCUCUCCUUCAAGGAGUAUAUGGGAGUCAAUUGGGCGCUAGCUCAAACCCAACAUUAGCACGAAUUUCGUCAACAAGAAGUACAACAUUACAAAUAUUUUCAGAGAUGUGAGUUAAUUAACUUGUUCUAUGUAAUAUUGUAUAGCUUUGAAAUUGCGACGUUACGUACUUUCGAGGAAAAUAUGCAGGUUUCUUGACUCAUACCCUGACUUUGAGAAGGGAUUGCGUGAUGAUUAGCUUAGCAACCGUGUGAGGCAGCAUAAUAUAAAAAAAAUAUAAUAUGCCAUUUAGCAGACGCUUUUAUCCAAAGCUACUUACAGUCAUGCGUGCAUACAUUCUUUGUGUAUGGGUGGUCCCGGGGAUCGAACCCACUACCUUGGCGUUACAAGCGCCGUGCUCUACCAGCUGAGCUACAGAGGACCACAGCAUGACAACAUGAAUGCAAUUGGUCGACAGUCUGCUGUGUGGGGCGGUAUACGGUCCUCCAUUCAUUGCCCAAUGGGAUUCCUAUCUCGUCUUUUCUCUAUCUUUGGCUUGUUAUCGCAUAAUGUACUGUCUGUUGUUAUGACAAGCACACGCUAGCUGUUCAUUACGAAAAUGAACUGACUGACUGCUUCUUCCCUAAAUAGUUAUUGCAUAGUUUGGAGCUGUGCUUUGGGUCAUUGUCCUGUUGUAGGAGGAAAUUGGCUCCAAUCAAGCGCCGUCCACAGGGUAUGGCAUGGCGUUGCAAAAUGGAGUGAUAGCCUUCCUUCUUCAAGAUCCCUUUUACCCUGUACAAAUCUCCCACUUUACCACCACCAAAGCACCCCCAGACCAUCACAUUGCCUCCACCAUGCUUGACAGAUGGCAUCAAGCACUCCUCCAGCAUCUUUUCAUUUGGUCUGUCUCACAAAUGUUCUUCUUUGUGAUCCGAACACCUCAAACUUCGAUUCGUCUGUCCAUAACACUUUUUUCCAAUCUUCCUCUGUCCAGUGUCUGUGUUCUUUUGCCCAUCUUAAUCUUUUCUUUUUAUUGGCCAGUCUGAGAUAUGGCUUUUUCUUUGCAAUUCUGCUUAGAAGGUCAGCAUGCCGGAGUCGCCUCUUCACUGUUGACGUUGAGACUGGUGUUUUGCGGGUACUAUUUAAUGAAGCUGCCAGUUGAGGACCUGUGAGGCGUCUGUUUCUCAAACUAGACACUCUAAUGUAUUUGUCCUCUUGCUCAGUUGUGCACCGGGGCCUCCUACUCCUCUUUCUAUUCUGGUUAGAGCCAGUUUGCGCUGUUCUAUGAAGGAAGUAGUACAGAGUGUUGUACGAGAUCUUCAGUUUAUUGGCAAUUUCUCGCAUGGAAUAGCCUUCAUUUCUCAGAACAAGAGUAGACUGACGAGUUUCAGAAGAAAGUUAUUUGUUUCUGGCCAUUUUGAUCCUGUAAUCAAACCUACAAUUGCUGAUGCUCCAGAUACUCAACUAGUCUCAAGAAAGCCAAUUGUAUUGCUUCUUUAAUCAGCACAACACUUUUCAGCUGUGCUAACAUAAUUGCAAAAGGGUUUUCUAAUGAUCAAUUAACCUUUUAAAACGAUAAACUUGGAUUAGCAAACACAAUGUGCCAUUGGAACACAGGACUGAUGGUUGCUGAUAAUGGGCCUCUGUACGCCUAUGUAGAUAUUCCAUAAAAAAAUCAGCCGUUUCCAGCUACAAUAGCCAUUUACAACAUUAACAAUGUCUACACUGUUUUUCUGAUCAAUUUUAUGUUAUUUUAAUGGACCCAAUAAUUGCUUUUCUUUCGAAAAGAAGGACAUUUCUAAGUGACCCCAAACUUUUGAACGGUAGUGUACAUACAUUGACGAGCAAUGACAGAGUGGCAUGGACUAAGAUACAGUAGAAUAUUAUACAAAAUAGAGCGCCCUCUUCAGGCAACCAUUGAAAGAUUCUAAAAAUGGCCGCAAAUGAGCACACGUGUUUGUUCAUCCUAUGUAUAUAAUAUCUGUGUUUUAUCGGUGGAAUAAAGACCGAUACAAAUAUUUCUGUGAAAGGCUAAUAUCGGCAGAUUUUAAUAUCGGUCAACCGAUUUAUCGGUCGGGCUCUAAUAAUAUCCCUCUGUGUUUAUUUUUAUUUAACCAUACAAAGCCCAUUGAGACAGUCUCUUUUGUAAGGGAGACCUGGCCAAGAAGGCAGCAGCAAUCAAUACAACAUUACAACAUUUAAUUAAUUCAAUCAGCAUAACAAUACAAUCCAGCCUACAGGAAACAUUUACACUACUCCUGAACAGAGUUUUGUACCAGAGUUUUAAACUCACUGAGGGGCACUAGUACAUGUAGUUUAAGUAUACUUUGUAGAAAAUUCCCAAUAGGAGGCAGUUUAUCUAAUGAGUAAAAACAAACACAGAUUCCUGUGGUCAUCUGAGGUCAUAGUUCAACCAGCACUAUCAUUGAUAGGACUUGCAAUAAACAGAGCUAGCCUAUCUCUGAGUCUGUGUGUGUUGUUGCUAUGGCUGGACAUUGGACACUAGGCCUGGAGUGUUGCCAGAGUUGGAAGUCAACUCAUCAGUGCAUCAGCAAAACAGUCUACGGACACUGUUGUGCUCCCAGUGUGUUUAAAAUAACAACAAUGUUGUAACCAACCGGUGUUAUAUAACCAAGAAGAUGCCGCAGUCAGCACACAGUGAAACACAUACUCCCAACCAAGUGUUUAUUGUUUUUUGUUAAUACCCUUAGCUCUUUGUUCAGUAGGCCUACCUUUUCCUAGCUCACACGUGCAAUUAUCCUUGUUUAAGUUGCUUUGAUGCACCAUAGAUAGAUUAAUUAAAGGCAUAAUUAUUCUAGCAGUGUAAUGGUUUACCAAACCAACGGUUCGGUACGUAUUUGCGGUUUUGGGGUCAAGGUUCGGUUUCAGUACAGAAGGAAAGUUAAAUGCCAUUCACAAUGUUCCUUACAUUGUCUGUUUUGACCAGAUUGUUAUGUUGGACCUUUUACGUUUCCACUCUGAUGCUGUGGGAGGUGGGAAUUUACCAGUUGUGAAGUCAUAAAUACCAGUUAAGAAAUGCCGAUUGGCUAUUUGCAGCUAUCAUGCUUGUAAACAAAUUAUAGAGUUCAAAAACCACAUUAAUAGGUUGCUUUUUAUAAAUAAUGUUUUGUUCCAUUUAACUGCUGAAAAUGUUGUUAUAGAGGCCAUUUCCUUGCUCAGGAUGAUAGAUACGUUUCCCACUAGUAAUUACCAGUUUGAGGGCCGUUCAAGUGGAUUUUUCCGAGUCAUGUGGUGAAUUCCCACUUCCUACUUGGUUACGAACACACCAUGACACUGCCACCUUCAGUGCCAGAUGCGCACUUGUGACUCAUAACGGGGGCGUGUCUGUAGCUCGGUACAUCUUCCGCUUGGGGGUAAUGUGAUGGGCUGUCACUGUUAAAGGUCCAAUGCAGCCGUUUUUAUCUCAAUUUCAUUAUGUACCUUACUGUGAGUGUUUUCAAUCAAAAUGGUCAAAAAGAAACAAAAAUGGCUUCUUAGCAAAGUGCAAUUACUCAAGCAAGAAUUUUGCUAGGACUCUCUGGGAGUGGUCUGAGUGGGGAGAGGAAAACUGAAAACUAGCUGUUUUUGGCCGAGAGGUUUGGAACUCUCUUUCUUAUUGGUCUAUUAACUAAUUUGUCACCAGGCAGGCCAAAACGCCAUCCCACCAAAACAGGCUGAAAUUUCACUGCACUGGGCCUUUUAAGUAACUGCAACACGUUGCAUUGGCUAAUUCUUUGAAAACGUCAGCUUUGGUUUGCUUAUAUAGAACGGGUACUACAUGUUUGCUGAAAUGGGUGCAAGAGGGAAGUUCGUAAGGUGGCUCAAGCACUUUCACAAGGUUCUGAAACUCCAUAUUCUCAACUACCGAGAAUGGGCGCAAAUCCACGGCUAUAAACCAAAGACUGUAAAAAAUAUAAACAAAAUUGCCUACCUAUCGCUCUUGUAAUUUCUUUGGCCGGUCAGAAUCAGCUGCCAAGGGCUGCUUGAAUGCAGAGAGGAGACAAUGUUGUGUUUGUUUCUUUGCGUUUCCAUCUUGCUCCAGUAAACUGGGGUGAUGUCGGCGUAAAUGUGUCAUCAUAUUUGAGGUGUUGGCAGCUGCAUAGGCUAUUCUCAUUGAGAGUGGCGACAUACUGUUAACGUUUUAUCCACAACUCUCUGCCCAUUGCCAAAAUGUUCCCAAACCGGAGAUUUAAACGAUGAUGGAGGAUCCUCCAAUUCUGGUGUAUCGACCCCACCACAUGCCAUCGUACAGAACUAGUUCCCGGCUGCGCCUCACAAAAGGACAGUUUGAAAUGCGCCAAUUAAGAUUAGAAUUUUGAUUACAACGUGUGCUCUAGUUGUUUAUUCUAGGUCUGUCAAGUUGGUUGUUGAUCAUUGCUAGAGAGCCAUUUUCAAGUCUUGCCAUAGAUUUCCAAGCAGAUUUAUGUAAAAACUGUAACUAGGCCACUCAGGAACAUUCAAUGUUGUCUUGGUAAGCAACUCCAGUGUAUAUUUGGCCUUGUGUUUUAGGUUAUGUUCCUGCUGAAAGGUGCAUUUGUCUCCCAGUGUCUGUUGGAAAGCAGACUGAACCAGGUUUUUCUCUAGGAUUUUGUCUGUGCUUAGCUCUAUUGUUUCUUUUUAUCCUAAAAUAAACUCCCUAGUCCUUGCCGAUGACAAGCAUACCCAUAACAUGAUGCAGCCACCACCGUGCUUGAAAAUAUGAAGAGUGGUACUCAGUGAUGUGUUGGAUUGGCCCAAACAUAACGCUUUGUAUUCAGGGCAUAAAGUUAAUUUAUUUGCCUCUCACUCUGUCAUUUAGGUUAGUAUUGUGGAGUAACUACAAUGUUGUUGAUCCACCCUCAGUUUUGUCCUGUCACAGCCAUUAAACUCUGUAACUGUUUUAAAGUCACCAUUGGCCUCAUGGUGAAAUCCCUGAGUGGUUUCCUUCCUCUCUCGCAACUAAGUAGGAAGGACACCUGUAUCUUUGUAGUAACUGGGUGUAUUGAUACACCAUCCAAAGUGUAAUUAAUAACUUCACCAUGCUCAAAGGAUAUUCAAUGUCUGCUUUUUUUUUUUUUUUUUUUUUUUCCUCUACCAAUAGGUGCCCUUCUUUGCGAGGCAUUGGAAAACCUCCCUGGUCCUUGUGGUUGAAUCUGCAUUUGAAAUUCAUUGCUCGACUAAGGGACAUUACAGAUAAUUGUAUGUGUUUGGUACAGAGAUGAGGUAGUCAUUCAAAAAUCAUGUUAAACACUAUUAUUGCACACAGAGUCCAUGCACCUUAUUAUGUGACUUGUUAAGCACAUUUCUACUCCUGAACUUAUUUAGGCUUCCCAUGACAAAGGGUUUGAAUACUUAUUGACUCAAGACAUUUCAGCUUUUAAUUGUUUAUUAAUGUGUAAAGAUUUUGAAAAACAUAAUUCCACUUUCACAUUAGGGGUAUUGUGUGUAGGCCAGUGACAAAGCAAUCUCUAUUUAAUACAUUUUAAAUUCAGGCUGUAACACAACAAAAUGUGGAAAAAGUCAAGGGGUGUGAAUACGUUCUGAUGGCACUAUAUAUGAUCCCAAUUUUAGCUCCAUUAUCCCAGCAAUUUGAAAAACCCCAAAAGUAGAUUGUGCUGAUUUAUUGGCACAUUGAUUGAACCAUGUCACGCGCCGUAGUUUAAAAACUCCAUGGAUGGUGCUUAAACCGUAGAAUUAAGAAUUUGAAUACUAGAAUGGACAUAAACCUUGUUAUAAUGGAAUAAAGGUUAGCCAUUUUGGUCAGGGAGUUUUUCAACCAUGGUUUGCCAGUGCUGUGAUAUUGUCAAAUAAUGAAUUUGAAGAAUUGAUCUGCACUGUAUGUUUGUUAGCUAGCUAUUCAGCCAGUUUUAAGGGAAUGAUUCCAUACAUUUUUCAAAUGAACUACCGAUGUGCCAACAUUCCAUUCAAAAAUGCAGUCAGUCCACAGCCAUACACUGGCUGUUGUCAGUUGAUGAUAGCACUUAGACAAGUUUGUAAAUGUAACAAGUACUGAUAUUGUAUCAUAUAAUAGCACUCAGCUUUCCAAGAAAACAAAAACUGACAUUUAUGGUGUGUUUACAUAUAUUUUAGAGGCUAUUUAUACAGAAAAUGUGUAUAAAACCUGUAUAAACUGUACUUAUAAUUAUAUUACUAUUUUAGGCUGACAAUUAUGACAAAAAUUCUUUUGUAUAUAUCACAUGCCUUUACUUUUAUUUUCUUACAUAAGUAAAAUCAGGAUUAUGCCUCUACUGCCAUUCAUUCCAAUUAGACUGUUUUGGAUUUCUCCCUGACCAAUAUGUCUGCCGUUUUCACCCCAUUCUGGAACUUUGAGGGUUUAUGACAUAGCCCCUCUAGUAAUUUAAUAGGAUCUCUAUGGCUUAAACAAUGACUUGAUAUCUGAAGUCAUGCACCUUCGCCAUUGAUUGGUGUGAUCUCUGCAGCUGUUUGUCAAUGUGUUUGUGUGUCUCAGAGUCGGAGAGAACGGGAGUGAGGAUGCGACCUACCCACGUGUGGUAAAUUACUGAAUUGAAUGUCUGUGGUUUAUGAAUAUGUGUGUGGGGGUGUGUUGAUUAUCUCUGCUUCUGUUUUUGUGCCAUUACGUAGCUGUGCGUGUGCGCGAUAAGCGUGACUGACUCAAAGCCACAAGAGGAUAGAACAUAUUUCAAACGUUGCUUGUUAGGGGGAGGUAGUUGCAGAAACGUUAGAAUGGUUUGGUCGACUUCCUCAAUGGUAUCCAUACCUGUUAUUUGCCAUGGCAGACUGAUGAUAAUCACAGGGCCAUUUUAGGCCAAAUUGAAUGUAAUUGAAAAGUUAAUGAUGGUCCUUGGAAACGGCUGAUGUUUGCAGACCUGUCGGUUUCACCUGUUAAUUUUCACACGGACGUCAUGAUGUCACUUACCUUACCAGCACUCUCACAAGUCUGACUUCACUGCCACCAUCAUCAUCGUCUGCCCACUAUGUCAAAACUGUUUUUAAGAUUCUUCUAAACCAUUCUGUGAGCAGAGAAAUGGCACAGAAUUGCUUUCUUCAACUCUACCCCAAUAGGCAAAUGUUGAAAUACUGAAAUUAUCAUGAGGCUAAUUUUUUGCUGAAAAAAUCUGGAAACCGAAGCAACAGAAAAUAGGACAUCAAUGUGUGCCCACUACCCAGGCUCUCCUGUGAUUUGUCAGUGUGUCAUCCAGCUGUGCAUAGAUUGGUUACAGCGUAUCUCUCUAAUCUUAUCAGCUCUCCUCAGGGCCCAGUCGGCCCCAGUGACCCAGUUCUAUAGAGCUAUAUAGAGUUACCUAAACCAGUUUUAUAUAGGGGUUCGCUCAGUCAAACCAGUACUACGCUAACGGCUGGGAUGCAUUACUAGUGCUGUUACCAUGCCCUGGGGCAGUUGACAACCUUGAUCAAACCCGGAGUUCAACCUGAUAAACAACAUCACACCAGAUAAGUGUUUUAUUGAGUGGUAUAUAGAAGGGGCAGCCUAUUGCCUAUUGAGGGGUUUAUAGCAAUUCACUAAUAUUAAGAUUCUGUUAGUAUUGUAGCAAUGUCUUCUGCCCCCUUGUCCAAUUGCAUUUUCUUGUAUUGUCACAGCCUAGAAAAGAAAAGGAACAUUUUGAGGAAAACAGUCAUAAUUUUGUCUAUGAUUCAGCCUCUGUCUGAGAUAAAAUAGCAUCUAUUUUAAUCCAAUGAGCUGUAUUUAAUCUGCAGACUCACAACAACCCCUUUGAAGAGUCCCCACUCUCAUUUGGUCAGCAUGUGUCACUGUAUAUUUCAACUGGAGUCAUAACACAUACAUUUAUGUGAAUAAAAAUGAUAAAAUCAUGGCAUUAACCAUCAAUGUGAAGUAUAAUUUCUCCCUACUUUGAACUUGUUUUGUCUCUUCAGAUUUCUCAUCCAUUUGAAUCAAGCCAAAUGGACUAAAGACGUCACCAAAGCUUAGAGAACAGUCAGGGAAAAGCACUUUGUCAAGAUCCUUUAUUGAGUCUCUGUGAAAAUGUUUACAUUCAGACCUAUUACAUUUCUUUGACCUUUUGACUGACGGAAAGACACUGCAAAACAGUCUGAAAGGCCAGUAAAGGGAUAUUUGGAGACUUACCAAUGGCACUAACACAGAUGAACAUCCUGUUCAGGCAUACAGUUCCAGAGGGAGCGUUCUGAGUGGUAUUAUUUGGCUAUUAAUAUCCAUCUGCACCCAUCCAUCAUUCUACCCAUUCUCUCUUCCUCCUCCAGUGGUUUCAGGCUCUAACGAUGGCCUUUCUUUCUUUCUUGCCGCGUGACUCCAAAUAACAUUUUUGGUCCAAAAAUCUUUGCAGACCAGUGAUUAUCUUCACUUUUGCUGGUAAUGUCUGAACACACGAGUGCUCGCAUGUGUAAUGUAUUCAUGACAGACUCAUUCUGCAGAAAGCAGGAUGGGACGUUUUUGUUAUAAAUCUAGAGUUUCUCAUCUGAAGCAAGGCUAUUAGGAUGAUGAAUCCUUGUCCUCUUGCUUAUUAUGAGAUUCUGUGGAUUUGGUCCCAGUCAGUCCCAGACCAGUAUAAAGAGCCCAGUAUGCCCAGAUCCUCCCAGCCUACUUACUUUUUUGUUAUGUUUUAUUUUGAAUUAUUUAUUUUUUUGCUUAUCUUUGACCGUCAUUCUAUCCCCCACCCAGCAACUCCACUCCCACUUGUCUCCAAUUCCACAUCCCAACCCUCAGCCUCCCUCAGCCCAUCCCACCUAUCUUUGCUGGCCACCCUCUUCGGAUUUCUACGCCCCAUAUAUCUUUCAACUAUGCUGUGAUGUUUAACAUACAAUUUCAAUCUAUCUAAUCGAAUAGAAUCCACAAAUUGCGAGUUGAAGAUAAAUACUUUUACUAAGAGUAUUAGUAAUUGACUGACCCUGUCUCUCCAGAUCUUCCAACAGUACUAUUUCUAGGGUCAAUUUUAGAUCAAUGUUAUGCAUUUUCAGCCAUUCCUGAACCUGAGACCAGAAACAGGCUACCUGAGGGCAAUACCAAAAUAAAUGGUCUAUUGAUUCUGUAUCCUCACAACAAAAUCUGCAGAGCUUCAAUGAUUGUAUGCCCCAAAUAUUCAACAUUUUGUUGGUGGCAAGAAUUCUAUAUAAUAUUUUUUUUUUUAAAGAUGAAGCAAAAUAUUUUUUGCUCAUAUGAUUUGAAAAACUAAUCAUCAGGAGUUACAGCACCAUAAGUAAGUGAGUAAACUGAGAUGUGACUAAGGAGUUAAUCAGGGCAAUUUUUCGGUAAAUAGACAGGUAUUUACCUCUCCAUGGUUGCAGGAUCUUGUCUAUUUUUACUAGUUUCUAUUGAAAUUAAUUGUGGAGAGCUCAUUUAUAUAUUUUGUGAUAUGAAUACCAAGUAUGUCUACUUCACUGUCAGACAAUUUUAUCGGUAAACUGCAGGGUAAUGUAAAAAUUAUAUUUUUUAAAGAUCCAAUACGUAAUAUUGUACACUUAUCAUAAUUAGGUUUUAGUCCAGAGAGUCCAGAAAAGUUAUCUAGAUAUUCAAUGAGACAUUGCAGGGAUCUAGCUUGCGGACUUAAUAUAAAACUUGAGUCAUCAGCAUACAUGGACACAUUUGUUUUUAAGCCUUGGAUUUCAAAUCCUCUAAUGUUGAUAUUUGAUCUGAUUUUAAUAGCUAGCAUUUCGAUGGCCAUAACAAAUAGAUAUGGUGACAGCGGACACCCUGGUUUAACUCCUCUUGACAAUUCAAAACUAUCUGAGAAGUAGCCACUAUUUACUAUUUUACAUCUGGGGUUGCUAUACAUUACUUUUACCCUUUUUAUAAGAGAAUCACCGAAAUUGAAAAAAAUCCAGGCAUUUAUAAAUAAAAUAUAGUCUUACUUUAUCAAAGGCCUUUUCAAAAUCUGCUAUAAAUACCGGGCCUGGCUUCUUAGAUGUUUCAUGAUGUUCUAUUAUUUCUAGUAGUUGUCGUAUAUUAUCUCCAAUGUAUCGUCCAUGUAAAGAACCUGUCUGAUCAGGAUGAACAAUACCAGGUAAACCUUAUUAAUUCUGAGUGCUACAGUGAGGGAAAAAAGUAUUUGAUCCCCUGCUGAUUUUGUACGUUUGCCCACUGACAAAGAAAUGGUCAGUCUAUAAUUUUAAUGGUAGGUUUAUUUGUACAGUGAGAGACAGAAUAACAACAACAAAAUCCAGAAAAACGCAUGUCAAAAAUGUUAUAAAUUGAUUUGCAUUUUAAUGAGGGAAAUAAGUAUUUGACCCCCUCUCAAUCAGAAAGAUUUCUGGCUCCCAGGUGUCUUUUAUACAGGUAACAAGCUGAGAUUAGGAGCACUCCCUUUGAGUGCUCCUAAUCUCAUUGUGUUACCUGUAUAAAAGACACCUGUCCACAGAAGCAAUCAAUCAAUCAGAUUCCAAACUCUCCACCAUGGCCAAGACCAAAGAGCUCUCCAAGGAUGUCAGGGACAAGAUUGUAGACCUACACAAGGCUGGAAUGGGCUACAAGACCACCGCCAAGCAGCUUGGUGAGAAGGUGACAACAGUUGGUGCGAUUAUUCGCAAAUGGAAGAAACACAAAAGAACUGUCAAUCUCCCUCGGCCUGGGGCUCCAUGCAAGAUCUCACCUCGUGGAGUUGCAAUGAUCAUGGGAACGGUGAGGAAUCGGCCGAGAACUACACGGGAGGAUCUUGUCAAUGAUCUCAAGGCAGCUGGGACCAUAGUCACCAAGAAAACAAUUGGUAACACACUACGCCGCGAAGGACUGAAAUCCUGCAGCGCCCACAAGGUCCCCCUGCUCAAGAAAGCACAUAUACAUGCCCAUCUGAAGUUUGCCAAUGAACAUCUGAAUGAUUCAGAGGAGAACUGGGUGAAAGUGUUGUGGUCAGAUGAGACCAACAUCGAGCUCUUUGGCAUCAACUCAACUCGCCGUGUUUGGAGGAGGAGGAAUGCUGCCUAUGACCCCAAGAACACUAUCCCCACCGUCAAACAUGGAGGUGGAAACAUUAUGUUUUGGGGGUGUUUUUCUGUUAAGGGGACAGGACAACUUCACUGCAUUAAAGGGACGAUGGACGGGGCCAUGUACUGUCAAAUCUUGGGUGAGAACCUCCUUCCCUCAGCCAGGGCAUUGAAAAUGGGUCGUGGAUGGGUAUUCCAGCAUGACAAUGACCCAAAACACACGGCCAAGGCAACAAAGGAGUGGCUCAAGAAGAAGCACAUUAAGGUCCUGGAGUUGCCUAGCCAGUCUCCAGACCUUAAUCCCAUAGAAAAUCUGUGGAGGGAGCUGAAGGUUCGAGUUGCUAAACGUCAGCCUCAAAACCUUAAUGACUUGGAGAAGAUCUGCAAAGAGGAGUGGGACAAAAUCCCUCCUAAUAAUAAUAAUAUGCCAUUUAGCAGACGCUUUUAUCCAAAGCGACUUACAGUCAUGCGUGCAUACAUUUUUGUGAAUGGGUGGUCCCGGGGAUCGAACCCACUACCUUGGCGUUACAAGCGCCGUGCUCUACCAGCUGAGCUACAGAGGACCAUCCUGAGAUGUGUGCAAACCUGGUGGCCAACUACAAGAAAUGUCUGACCUCUGUGAUUGCCAACAAGGGUUUUGCCACCAAGUACUAAGUCAUGUUUUGCAGAGGAGUCAAAUACUUAUUUCCCUUAUUAAAAUGCAAAUAAAUGUAUAACAUUUUUGACAUGUGUUUUUCUGGAUUUUGUUGUUGUUAUUCUGUCUCUCACUGUUCAAAUAAACCUACUAUUAAAAUUAUAGACUGAUCAUUUCUUUGUCAGUGGGCAAACGUACAAAAUAUGCAGGGGAUCAAAUACUUUUUUCCCUCACUGUAUGCUUUUCGCUAGUAUUUUUGCAUCACAACAUUGAAGUGUAAGGAGGCCUCCAGUUUUUAAGAUAGACUGAAUCUUUAUAUUUGCCAUCUGGGUCUUGUUUUAAUAAUAGUGAAAUCAGACCUUCCUGCUGAGUACCUGUCAGACCACCAUUUAUAUAGGAGUAGUUAAAACAAUCUAACAAUGGAGCUUUGAGUAUAUCAAAAAUGGCUUGAUAUCCCUCUACCGGUAUGCCAUCAAGCCCUGGGGUUUUUCCACACUGAAAGGAUUUAAUAGCCUCAAAGUUAUUCCUCUGUAAUUUGGCCUUCGCACUGAUCUUUCUGUACAUUUGUUAAUUUUCCAUUUGUUUUAUUAUUUGGAAAGAAUUCCUUACAGUAAUCGUCAUUCAGUGGGUGAGGAUGAGACGGAAAAGAGAACAUCUGCUUAAAAUAUUUAGCUUCCUCUUUUAAAAUAUCAUUCGGAGAAUCAUAGAUGACUCCGUCUUCAGUAACGAGUUUCUGCAAAUUAUUUUUAUUAGCGUUCCUGUGUUGGAGAUUCAGGAAGAAUUUGGUGCAUUUUUCUCCAUAUUCCAUCCAGUUUGCUUUAUUUUUGUAAUAGAUUACAUUAGAUCGUUCUACCUGUAAUAUAAUAUAAUAAUAUAUAAUAUAAUAUAAUAAUAAUACUAUUAGUUCAUGUAUUUCCCUUGUUAGUCUUGUCUCUUUAGCCAGAAACUUAUUUUUUAUUAUUAAUGAAUAUUGAAUUGAAUGACCUCUGAAGGUACAUUUUAAAGGUAUCCCAAACAAUAAGGGGAUUUGCUGAACCUAUAUUGUACUGGAAAAAUUCAGUUAUAAAUUAUUUUGUCUUAGUUAAAAAUAAAUUGUCCUCCAGUAAACUUUGAUUACAUUUCCAAUAUCCCCGUCCAUGUGGAAAUUCUAUAAGAGUUAUGUGAAGGCCAAUUAGAUGAUUAUCCGAUUGCAUUCUGUCUCCUAUUAAAACUUUUUUAACCUUUGUUGCAAGAGACAAGAAAGUAGUCAAGACGACUAGCUUGAUUAAGUCUCCUCCAUGUACAGUGAGGGAAAAAAGUAUUUGAUCCCCUGCUGAUUUUGUACGUUUGCCCACUGACAAAGAAAUGGUCAGUCUAUAAUUUUAAUGGUAGGUUUAUUUGUACAGUGAGAGACAGAAUAACAACAACAAAAUCCAGAAAAACGCAUGUCAAAAAUGUUAUAAAUUGAUUUGCAUUUUAAUGAGGGAAAUAAGUAUUUGACCCCCUCUCAAUCAGAAAGAUUUCUGGCUCCCAGGUGUCUUUUAUACAGGUAACGAGCUGAGAUUAGGAGCACACUCUUAAAGGGAGUGCUCCUAAUCUCAGUUUGUUACCUGUAUAAAAGACACCUGUCCACAGAAGCAAUCAAUCAAUCAGAUUCCAAACUCUCCACCAUGGCCAAGACCAAAGAGCUCUCCAAGGAUGUCAGGGACAAGAUUGUAGACCUACACAAGGCUGGAAUGGGCUACAAGACCAUCGCCAAGCAGCUUGGUGAGAAGGUGACAAAAGUUGGUGCGAUUAUUCGCAAAUGGAAGAAACACAAAAGACCUGUCAAUCUCCCUCGGCCUGGGGCUCCAUGCAAGUUCACACCUCGUGGAGUUGCAAUGAUCAUGAGAACGGUGAGGAAUCAGCCCAGAACUACACGGGAGGAUCUUGUCAAUGAUCUCAAGGCAGCUGGGACCAUAGUCACCAAGAAAACAAUUGGUAACACACUACGCCGUGAAGGACUGAAAUCCUGCAGCGCCCGCAAGGUCCCCGUGCAUUUCACCACCCCAUUCCUUUUUCCACGCAACUUCAUCUAAGGAUGUAGAGUGAGUUUCCUGUAAACAAUAUAUGUUAUGUUCCUUUAGCCACGUAAAGACUGAUCUUCUUUUUUAUAAUCUGCUAAACCGUUACAAUUAUAACUGGCUAUACUUAUUUCACCCCUUACCAUAACCAGAUACUAUUCUCAGUCUAAAUUGACCAUAAUUAGUGCUUGUAAAGUUACUGCCAUAAGUUCAGCAUCUUUGGUCCUACAUGGGAUUGUGUGCAAUAGUUUCGAAACUGAUACAGGAAUACAUCUGGAGUUAUCAUAGAAACAGUGUCAUGAUGAUGCUCCCGAGUGGCGCAGCGGUCUAAGGCACUGCAUCUCAGUGCUUGAGGCGUCACUACAGACCCCCUGGUUCGAUUCCAGGCUCUAUCACAACUGGCAGUGAUUGGGAGUCCCAUAGGGCGGCGCACAAUUGGCCCAGCGUCGUCCAGGUUUGGCCGGUGUAGGCCGUCAUUGUAAAUAAGAAUUUGUUCUUAACUGACUUGCCUAGUUAAAUAAAGUUAAAAUUUAAAAAAGAUGUGGCAAGUUACAAUUUGCUUUUUGAAAGUCCUAUAUCUUGAAAGCUUGAUUGUUGACAUGCAAAAAAAUGUGGGACUGUAUCAACAGUGGACUAAUGAAAGAAAUACCCAAAUAUUGUUUUUAAGUGGAUUAUUCCUUUAAUACAGUGCAUUUGGAAAGUAUUCAGACCCCUUGACUUUUUACACAUUUUGUUACGUUACAGCCUUAUUCUAAAAUUGAUUAAAUGUUUUUUUCCCCUCAUCAAUCUACACACAAUACCCCAUAAUGACAAAGCAAAAACAGGUUUGUUAACAGGUUUGAAUUAUCACAUUUACAUAAGUAUUCAGACCCUUAACUCAGUACUUUGUUGAAGCACCUUUAGCAGCGAUUACAGCCUGGAGUCUUGGGUAUGACGCUACAAGCUUGGCACACCUGUAUUUGGGGAGUUUCUCCCAUUCUUCUCUGCAGAUCCUCUCAAGCUCUUUCAGGUUGGAUUGGGAACAUCGCUGCACAGCUAUUUUCAGGUCUCUCGAGAGAUGUUCGAUCAGGUUCAAGUCCGGGCUCUUUUUGCAAAUUUAUAACAAAUAAAAAACAGAAAUACCUUAUUUACAUAAGUAUUCAGACCCUUUGCUAUGAGACUCGAAAUUGAGCUCGGGUGCAUCCUGUUCCAUUGAUCAUCCUUGAGAUGUUUCUACAACUUGAUGGGAGUCCACCUGUGGUAAAUCCAAUUGAUUGGACAUGAUUUGUAAAGGCACACACCUGUCUAUAUAAGGUCCCACAGUUGACCGUGCAUGUCAGAGCAAAAACCAAGCCAUGAGGUUGAAGGAAUUGUCCAUAGCUCCAAGACAGGAUUGUGUCAAGGCACAGAUCUGGGGAAGGGUACUAAAACAUUUCUGCAGCAUUAAAGGUCUCCAAGAACAGUGGCCUCCAUCAUUCUUAAAUGGAAGAAGUUUGAAACCAAACUCAUCCAAAAUGAGCAAUCGGGGGAGAAGGCCUUUAUCAGGGAGGUGACCAAGAACCCGCUGGUCACUCUGACAGAGGUCCAGAGUUCCUCUGUGGAGAAGGGAGAACCUUCCAGAAGGACAACCAUCUCUGCAGCACUCCACAAUCAGGCCUUUAUGGUAGAGUGGCCAGACUGAAACCAGUCCUCAGUAAAAGGCCCAUGAGAGCCCACUUGGAGUUUGCCAAAAGGCACCUAAAUGACUCUGACCAUGAGAAACUAGAUUUUCUGGUCUGAUGAAAGCAAGAUUGAACUCUUUGGCCUGAAUGCCAAAUGUCACGUCUGGAGGAAACCUGGCACCAUGCCUACGGUGAAACGUGGUGGCAGCAUCAUGCUGUGGGGAUGUUUUUCAGCGGCAGGGACUGGGAGACUAGUCAGGAUCGAGGGAAAGAUGAACGGAGCAAAGUACAGAGAGAUCCUUGAUGAAAACCUGCUCCAGAGCGCUCAGGACCUCAGACUGGGGCGAAGGUUCACCUUCCAACAGGACAACGACCCUAAGCACACAGCCAAGACAACGCAGGAGUGGCUUAGGGACAAGUCUCUGAAUGUCCUAGAGUGGCCCAGCCAGAGCCCGGACUUGAACCCAAUCAAACAUCUCUGGAGAGACCUGAAAAUAGCUCACAGAGCUUGAGAGGAUCUGCAGAGAAGAAUGGGAGAAACUCCCCAAAUACAGGUGUGCCAAGCUUGUAGCGUCAUGCCCAAGAAGACUUGAGGCUGUAAUCGCUGCCAAAGGUGCUUUAACAAAGUACUGAAUAAAGGGUCUGAAUACUUACAGUACCAGUACUACUCUGUAGAGGGAAGGACACACAUACACACACACAUUCAGUACCAGUCAAAAGUUUGGACAAACCUACUCAUUCAAGGGUUUUUCUUUAUUUUGACUAUUUUCUACAUUGUAGAAUAAUAGUGAAGACAUCAAAACUAUGAAAUAACACAUAUGGAAUUAUGUAGUAACCAAAAAAGUGUUAAACAAAUCAAAAUAUAUUUUAGAUUUUAGAUUCUUCAAAGUAGCCACCCUUUGCCUUGAUGACAGCUUUGCACACCCUUGGCAUUCUCUCAACCAGCUUCAUGAGGAAUGCUUUUUCAACGGUCUUGAAGGAGUUGCCACAUAUACGGAGCACUUGUUGGCUGCUUUUCAUUCACUCUGCGGUCCAACUCAUUCCAAACCAUCUCAAUUGGGUUGAGGUCGGGUGAUUGUGGAGGCCAGGUCAUCAGAUGCAGCACUCCCAUCACUUUCCUUCUUGGUCAAAUAGCCCUUACACAGCCUGGAGGUGUGUUGGGUCAUUGUCCUGUUGAAAAACAAAUGAUAGUCCCACUAAGCAUAAACCAGAUGGGAUGGCGUAUCGGUGCAGAUUGCUUUGGUAGCCAUUCUGGUUAAGUGUUCCUUGAAUUCUAAAUAAAUCACAGACAGUGUCACCAGCAAAGCACCAUCACUCCACCUCCUCCAUGCUUCAUGGUGGGAACCACACAAUCGGAGAUCAUCUGUUCACCUACUCUGUGUCUCACAAAGACACUGCGGUUGGGACUCAUCAGACCAAAGGACAGAUUUUUCUUUGCAGAAAUUCGGCCUUGAAGGCCUGAUUCACGCAGUCUCCCCUGAACAUUUGAUGUUGAGAUGUGUCUGUUUCUUGAACUCUGUGAAGCAUUAAUUUGGAUUGCAAUCUGAGGUGCAGUUAACUCUAAUGAACUUAUCCUCUGCAGCAGAGGUAACUUUGUCUUCCAUUCCGGUGGUGGUCCUCAUGAUAGUCGGUUUCACCAUAGCGCUUCAUGGUUUUUGCGACUGCACUUGAAGAAACUUUCAAAGUUCUUGAAAAGUUCCGUAUUGACUGACCUUCAUGGCUUAAAGUAAUGAUGGACUGUUGUUUCUUUUUGCUUAUUUGAGCUGUUCUUGCCAUAAUAUGGACUUGGUAUUUCACCAAAUAGGGCUAUCUCCUGUAUACCACCCCUACUUUGUCACAACACAACUGAUUGGCUCAAACACAUUCAGAAGAAAAUAAAUUCCACAAAUUAACUUUUAACAAGGCACACCUGUUAAUUGAAACGCAUUCCAGGUGACUACCUCAUGAAGCUGGUUGAGAGAAUGCCAAGAGUGUGCAAAGCUGUCAUCAAGGCAAAGGGUGGCUACUUUGAGAAUCUCAAAUCGAAAAUAUAUUUUAAAUGUUUUGGUUUUUUAAAGGGUUAGUACAUGAUUCCAUAUGUUAUUCCAUCGUUUUGAUGUCUCCACUAUUAUUAUACAAUGUAGAAAAUAGUUAAAAUAAAGAAAAACCCUUGAAUGAGUAGGUGUGUCCAAACGUUUGACUGGUACUACAUAUAAAUGUGAUAUUUCAGUUUUUUUAUUUUUAAUACAUUUUCAGAAAUUUCAAAAAUCCUGAUUUUCCUAUGUCAUUGUGGGGUAUUGUGUGUAGAUUGAUGAGGGGGAAAAAACAUUUUAAUACAUUUUAGAAUAAGGCUGUAACGUAACAAAAUGUGGAAAAUGCCAAGGGUUCUGAAUAAUUUCCGAAUGCACUGUACAGGGGACAGCAUUCUCCACAACUCCAGUCCUGCUGGGGCCACAGUAUGUGCCUGCUUUUUUUCUAUCCCAGCACAAAUGCACCAGAUAAAACAUACAUGAGCUUGUAAGGGGUAAGUGGAAGGUAGACUCCUUGAAUUAUCUCAGACACCCACCUUGUUUUUUCCAGACCACAGAGUCUGGCUGUUCUGACUCACAGAUAGUCCUCAGACACUGAGUCAGAGGUACCUGUCUGGACUACCCAUAGCCCUACAGUAAGUUAACCUACUACUGUUACACUGGGAAUUACUUGGAAAAAACCUGCGAGCUGCUGCCCUCUCUGCAAUGGCUCCGCCUGUUGGCCCCCUGGGGUAUUACAGGAGUGAGGUAGCAGUGUAUCGAGGCACAUAAUGUACUUAAUUUCAAUUAUUUUAGACCAGUGUUCCUAGAGAGCCGCAAUGUGUGCAGGGUUUGGUCUCACGUGCAUCACUCUUUUUAGACACCCAAUUCAACUAAUCCACAAGACUCUGAUUAGGAUAAUCUGUGUUUUAGUGCUGGUCUGGGACACAUUGUGCAUUAUAUAUUUUCUUCACAAUGUCAUGCCACCUGAAUGUGCUGAAUAAGCCCAGAGAGGUUAAGUAAUGACUGUGUCAUGUAUGUACAGAAGCCUUGCUCACUGCUGAGUCUCUAAAUAACUUACCACAUCAUCUCUUAAGACAGCCUGUCUCAACACAGUCUUAGGGAUUCAGUCAUUUUAAACAUGUUUGAUGGAUUCCCGCUAAACAAGGGCUUGCGUAUUUAGUUGACUAGAUAUUUAAAUCAGGGGUGCCAGUGUUGGAAUACAUCAAAUGUGAAAUGAAUGGGAUAUCACAAGUAGCAAAAAUAGCAAGGUCUCAAAGACAUUUGCAAACCCCUUGAAAAUACGUCAGAUUUAUAAGACCUAGUUUUUCUUGUUCUUCCUCUCUUCUCCUGUCUUUUAUUAACACCUCGUUUUACCUCGUUCUUUCCAGUCACAGACGAAGACACAGUCAAGAGAUACUACGCCAAGUUUGAGGAGAAGUUCUUUCAGGCGUGCGAGAAGGAGCUGGCCAAAAUCAACACAUUCUACUCAGGUAACUGUACAACUGUGUACAACAAUGUGUUGUCAUUUCUGUUGCUGGAAUACAUGCACCUGAUAUAACCAAACCACCGUGUGUCUCUACUUAGCUAGCCUAUUUCUAUGAUUGUACAAAAAAACUACAGCACAUUCACAAUGCGUGAUUAGCAAACAGUCACACGCUCCUCCACUGUCCACCACUGGCUAGGCCACUAAAGGCCCAUCUGUUCAGAAGACAAACAUUUAAACCCUUAGGGAGUGAAUCUCCCUGCCAGAAACCAAUAGUUAGGCAACAGAGACAGAAUCAGGCUGCCUCGCUCUCUUACUUAAUCUCCCUCUCUCUCCUACCCAUGAUCCUUCUUCCCAUGACCCUUCCUCCUUCUCUCUCCUUCUCUUCUCUCCCCCUCUUUUCUCCCCCUCUCCUCUCUCCCCCUCUCCAGAAAAGCUAGCAGAGGCCCAGCGUCGUUUCGCCACUCUCCAGAAUGAGCUGCAGUCGUCGCUGGACGCCCAGCGGGAGAGCAGCAUGCAAGGCCUUCGUCGCCGCCGCAAGGCCGUCUUCCACCUGUCCCAGCAGGAGCGCUGCAAACACCGCAACAUCAAGGACCUGCAGCUGGCCUUCUCCGAGUUCUACCUCAGCCUCAUCCUGCUACAGAACUACCAGGUUAGUACCCUAAACCCUAGAUACUACCCCCUAUACACUACCCCUAGACCACAGGAGGCUGCUGGGGGGGGGGGGGAGACUCUUAGUAAUGGCUGGAAUGGAGUGAAUGGAAUGGUAUCAAACACAUGGAAACCAUGUGUUUGAUACCAUUCCAUUUAUUCCGUUCCAGCCAUUACUAUGAGUCUGUCCUCCUCAAUUAAGGUGCCACCAAAGUCCUGUGCCCUAAACACUAUCACUAGACACUACCUCAGCCUCAUCCUGCUGCAGAAUUAUGAAGUUAGUAGACACUACCAGGGUGGGAAAUGAACUUUUUGGUCCACCAACCACUGUGGCAGGUAGAUGAAAAAAAUCUACUAGCCACUCAGUUUUUUUACCAGGCAUUUGUUUUUUUAUUGCCGUUAUUACACCAAAAAUCACCCCAAAAAUUAUAAGCAUUCUUUCUAAUGUUUCUAAAACAAGAAAUCUAUUACUAGUAAUGGGGUAUAUUGCUUAAUUUCAAUUUUGUGACCUGUGUAUUUUUUAACCAAUUAUGUUAAAAUAAAUCAUUUAUAUCCUAAAUUAAAAACUGAUAAAUAGUUCUACAACUAAACAUUAAGAAUCAACAAAUUGCCUGCCCUGCCACAAAAUCCUGAGUGAUGUGGCUUAUUUAAGCAAUAGUGUGAGUGCCUGGACACAGCCAUUAGUGCCUGGACACAGCCAUUAGCCGUGGUAUAUUGGCCAUAUACCACAAACCCCCUGAGGUGCCUUAUUGCUAUUAUAAACUGGUUACCAACGUAAUUAGAACAGUAAAAAGUAUUUUGUUGUCAUACCCGUGCUAUACGGUCUGAUAUACCAUUGUCAUAUCUGUACAAUAAAAGAAUCUGGGAGAACCCUACUGAUGGUCCAAAAAAUGUAUCUGAGGGAUCCGAAAAAAUUAUCAGAGAGACUCCUACUUAUAACCAUUCUCCUCUCCUCUCCCCAGAAUCUGAACUUCACAGGUUUCCGUAAAAUCCUGAAGAAGCAUGAUAAGAUCCUGGAGACAUCGCGGGGGGCCGACUGGCGUGUGGCCCACGUGGAGGUCGCCCCCUUCUACACCUGCAAGAAGAUCACCCAGCUCAUCUCUGAGACUGAGGUACUGGACUUGACAGACAUUUUUUUCCCCCUCUUAUCAAUGAGAAGUAUUGGCUCGUAGCAAUGUACUAUAAUCAUUUCAGUUUUUGUCUUUUAGCUGUGACUCUCUCACUCUCUCUGUCUCAUUUCAAUUUCAAUUUAAGUGGCUUUAUUGGCAUGGGAAACAUAUGUUUACAUUGCCAAAGCAAGUGAAAUAGAUAAUAAACAGAAGUGAAAUAAACAAUAAAAGAUUAUCAGUAAACAUUACACUCAGAAGUUCCAAAAUAAUAAAGACAUUUCAAGUGUCAUAUUAUGUCUAUAUACAGUGUUAAAGUUCUCGCUCUUGCUCUCUCUCUCUCUCUCUCUCUCUCUCAGGCCCUGGUAACACAAGAGUUGGAGGGAGGAGACAGACAGCGAGCCAUGAAGAGGCUACGAGUGCCCCCACUGGGUGCUGCACAGCCUGCUCCGGCGUGGACCACCUUUAGGGUCGGCUUGUACUGUGGAGUCUUCCUCGUCCUCAUGGUCACUGUCGUCAUCACAGGUAUGCCUGUCUUCCCUGCUUUUCCCCUAUUAUCCUCCUCCCCUCUGCUACUGAGGCUGUAACACAGGUUUUAAACCAUGGUGGUGUGAAGCGCUUUACCAUGUGAAAAGAUUAGCUCCAUAGUGAGAGUUUCUCCGUCCAUCAUUCUUUCAUACAGGCCCUAGUCCUCUAGUUCAGGAUUUGAUAGCUCAGUUAUUGACAGAAAUGUGCCAUUAUUGUGUUAUUAAUACGUUAUGAAUGUGUUAUUAACCGUCUUGCCCUCUAGCUGCGGUUGUGAUAGAGAAUGCCAACGUGUGGCCGCUGGUGAGGAUCUACCGCGGCGGCUUCCUGCUGAUCGAGUUCCUCUUCCUGUUGGGCAUCAACACGUAUGGCUGGCGCCAGGCGGGGGUCAACCACGUGCUUAUCUUCGAGCUCAACCCCCGCAACAACCUCUCCCACCAGCACCUCUUUGAGGUAGGAGUUUGGGCCUGAUUGGAUACUGAUUGUGUUUUAUUCAUACAGCUCUGGUUAUUACUUGUACCUAUGUGUCUUUUUGUGUUCACAUUUAUUGUUACUGAAUCAAGCUUUUCACAUUAGUAUCAAGUCAUUUGCUUGAAUUCUCUCUCUCUCUCUCUCUCCUUAUCUCUCUCUUUCUGUCUCUCUCUCUCCCUUUAUCUCUCUUGCUCUCUCUCUCUCUCGGUCUCCCCCAUCUCUCUCUCUCUCUCUCUCUCCCCCCCCAUCUCUCUCUCUCACUCUCCCUUUAUUGGUAUGAAAUUAGCAAUCAACUGUUGCCAAAGCAAUAAGCAGUAGAACGUAAUGACACAGUAAUCGAUUGAAAAUGCAAUCAAAUUACAACACAAGUGAACCUCUCUCUCUCUCCUCACCUCCACAUAGAUUGCUGGUUUCCUGGGGGUGCUGUGGUGUGUGAGCAUCCUGUCCUGUCUGUUCUCCAAGUCCAUCCUGGUGCCCAUGCAGGCCAACCCCCUGGUCCUCUACGGCUUCUUCUUCCUCUUCCUCAUCAACCCCUUCAAGACCCUCUACUACAAGUCACGCUUCUGGCUCCUCAAACUGCUAGUGAGACGCUCAGAAAGCUGCUGAACAUGUCUGAACAUGUGCCUGGCAUCAUGAUGUUGCCAAAUGCUGUAUUCUGUAUCCUAAUCAGUAAUAUAUAGUUAUCUCUCUUUUCCCCUCUUUGUCUCACUCUCUCUCUAUUUCUCUCUCUCUGUUUCCCUUUCGGUCUAUUUCCCUCUCUCCCUCUCUCUUGUCUCCCCCCCUCGCUACGUUUCCCCAUAUCCAUCCCUCCCUCUCCUCCAGUUCCGUGUGGUGACAGCCCCGUUCCACAGGGUAGAGUUUGCAGACUUCUGGCUGGCUGACCAGCUCAACUCUCUAGGGGUGGUUCUGAUGGACCUGGAGUACCUCAUCUGUUUCUACAGCUUCGAGCUCGACUGGAAGCAACAGGACGGGCUACUGCGGGACAGUAAGCAAUGAAUUCACACACGAGUACACAUGGAUAUACACGUGUACAUACACGCACUGAGACACAAAAACACACACAUACAGUGCAUUCAAAGUAUUCAGACCCCUUGACUUUUCCCACAUUGUUACGUUACAGCUUUAUUCUAAAAUGGAUGAAAUCAUUUUUGUCCCUCAUCAAUCUACACACAAUACCCCAUAAUGACAAAGCAAAAACAGGUUUUUAGACAUUUGCAAAUGUAUUAAAAAUAAAAGAUACUGAAAUAUUACAUUUACAUAAGUAUUCAGACCCUUUACUCUUUGUUGAAGCACCUUUGGCAAUGAUUACAGCCUCGAGUCUAAUUGGAUUUGACGCUACAAACUUGGCACACCUGUAUUUGGGGCGUUUCUCCCAUUCUUCUCUGCAGAUCCUCUCAAGCUCUGUCAGGUUGGAUGGGCAGCGUCGCUGCACAGCUAUUUUCAGGUCUCUCCAGAGAUGUUCGAUCGGGUUCAAGUCUGGGCUCUGGCUGGGCCACUCAAGGACAUUCAGAGACUUGUCCCGAAGCCACUCCUGUGUUGUCUUGGCUGUGUACUUAAGGUUGCUGUCCUGUUGGAAGGUGAACCUUCGAACCAGUCUGAGGUCCUGAGCGCACUGGAGCAGGUUUUCAUCUAUACUAUGCUCCGUUCAGCUUUACCUCGAUCCUGACUAGUCUCCCAGUCCCUGCCGCUGCGAAACAUCCCCACAGCAUGAUGCUGCCACCACCAUGCUUCACCGUAGGGAUGGUGCCAUGUUUCCUCCAGACGUGGAGCUUGGCACUCAGGCCAAAGAGUUCAAUCUUGGUUUCAUCAGACCAGAAAAUCUUGUUUCUCAUUGUCUGAGAGUCAUUUAGGUGCCUUUUGGCAAACUCUAAGCGGGCUGUGAGGUGCCUUUCACUGAGGAGUGGCUUCCGUCUGGCCAUUGUAUCAUGAAGGCCUGAUUGGUGGAGUGCUGCAGAGAUGGUUGUCCUUCUGGAAGGUUCUCCUGUCUCCACAGAGGAACUCUGCAGCUCUGUCAGUGACCAUCGGGUUCUUGGUCACCUCCCUGACCAAGGCCCUUCUCCCCCGAUUGCUCAGUUUAGCCGGGCCGGCCAGCUCUUGGAAAAGUCUUGGUGGUUCCAAACUUCUUCCAUUUAAGAAUGAUGGAGGCCACUGUGUUCUUGGGAACCUUCAAUGCUGCAUAAUUUUUUUGGUAGCCUUCCCCAGAUCUGUGCCUCGACACAAUCCUGUCUCGGAGCUCUACGGACAAUUCCUUCAACCUCAUGGCUUGGUUUUUGCUCUAACAUGCACUGUCAACUGUGGGACCUUAUAUAGACAGGUGUGUGCCUUUCCAAAUCAUGUCCAAUCAAUUGAAUUUACCACAGGUGGACUCCAAUCAAGUUGUAGAAAACAUCUCAAGGAUGAUCAAUAGAAACAGGAUGCACCUGAGCUCAAUUUCGAGUCUCAUUGCAAAGGGUCUGAAUAUUUAUGUAAAUAAAUUAGUCGUUAUGAGGUAUUGUGUGUAGAUUAAUGUGGGAAAAAAGUAAUUUAAUCAAUUUUAGAAUAAGGCUGUAACGUAACAAAAUGUAGAAAAAGUCAAGGGGUCUGAAUACUUUCCGAAUGCACUGUAUACACACACACAAUAACACACUCCAAGCUCCAUUGAAAAUAAGCUUGUUAGAGUUUCAGACCUUCAAUCCGUCAGUUCAACAAUCGGGGCUUUUCUUAUUUUUUCUGUCCUCUCCUUUGUCCUUCUCUCCUCUCUCUGUCUGUAUUUCUCUUUCUCACACACACACAACUCAACACAACACAACUCAACACAGCCUUAUCCAAACACACAAAGCUCAGUCAAAACAAGCCUACGGCCCAAUCUAGCCCACACUAAACAUACCCUCAAGACUUUCGUCCAAACAAAGCUAACUUGAGUCCAAACAAACAUAGCCCAGUCACAAACAUAACCUAGUCCACACAUACAGCUCACUGCAAACACGCAUAAUGCAAACACAACAAACAUUAUCCAGUCCAAACAAACACACCACCACCGCCACCUAGCCCUGUUCAAGCAUGUUUUAUCAAUAUUAUUGAUUUUAUGGGUGAGAAGUGUUGGAGUCAACUCCAUCUAAAACUCAAGUCAAUUGAGUAUGUUGAAUUGCAUUUCUGGAAAGAAAAUAUCCAAUCCAUCCAACAGAGGGGAAUUUCAAUGGAACAUAUUCGGCAGAUUUUAUUGGUUGAUUGAUAAUCAUUGAGAUAGGUGCUGGUGUUUGUCACUCCUACUCGUAUACCGUGUGCGUGAUUUUAUCUGUUCAUUUAUAAUCAAUGUGUUUUCCGAUAGGUGGAGGCGUGUGUCACUCGUACUCGUACGGAGUGCGGGCCGUGAUCCAGUGUCUACCGGCAUGGUUCCGCUUCGUGCAGUGCCUGCGGCGUUACCGCGACUCCAAACGGGCUUUCCCUCACCUGGUCAACGCCGGGAAAUACUCCACCACUUUCUUCGUGGUCACCUUCGCUGCCCUGUACAGCACUCACAAAGAGAAUCGUAAGUGUCCUGAUACUGUAUUAUAAUAAUACUACUGUACUCCUCAGACAUUAGUACAGUAGAUAUACAGUGGGGGAAAAAAGUAUUUAGUCAGCCACCAAUUGUGCAAGUUCUCCCACUUAAAAAGAUGAGAGAGGCCUGUAAUUUUCAUCAUAUGUACACGUCAACUAUGACAGACAAAUUGAGAAAAAAAAUCCAGAAAAUCACAUUGUAGAAUAUUUAAUGAAUUUAUUUGCAAAUUAUGGUGGAAAAUAAGUAUUUGGUCACCUACAAACAAGCAAGAUUUCUGGCUCUCACAGACCUGUAACUUCUUCUUUAAGAGGCUCCUCUGUCCUCCACUCGUUACCUGUAUUAAUGGCACCUGUUUGAACUUGUUAUCAGUAUAAAAGACACCUGUCCACAACCUCAAACAGUCACACUCCAAACUCCACUAUGGCCAAGACCAAAGAGCUGUCAAAGGACACUAGAAACAAAAUUGUAGACCUGCACCAGGCUGGGAAGACUGAAUCUGCAAUAGGUCAAAUCAAAUCAAAUCAAAUUUUAUUGGUCACAUGCGCCGAAUACAACAGGUGCAGACAUUACAGUGAAAUGCUUACUUACAGCCCUUAACCAACAGUGUAUUUAUUUUAAACAAAAAAAGUAAGAAUAAAACAACAACAAAAAAAGUGUUGAGAAAAAAAGAGCAGAAGUAAAAUAAAGUGACAGUAGGGAGGCUAUAUAUACAGGGGGGUACCGUUGCAGAGUCAAUGUGCGGGGGCACCGGCUAGUUGAGGUAGUUGAGGUAAUAUGUACAUGUGGGUAGAGUUAAAGUGACUAUGCAUAAAUACUUAACAGAGUAGCAGCAGCGUAAAAAGGAUGGGGUGGGGGGGGGCAGUGCAAAUAGUCCGGGUAGCCAUGAUUAGCUGUUCAGGAGUCUUAUGGCUUGGGGGUAGAAGCUGUUGAGAAGUCUUUUGGACCUAGACUUGGCACUCCGGUACCGCUUGCCGUGCGGUAGCAGAGAGAACAGUCUAUGACUAGGGUGGCUGGAGUCUUUGACAAUUUUGAGGGCCUUCCUCUGACACCGCCUGGUAUAGAGGUCCUGGAUGGCAGGACGCUUUGCCCCAGUGAUGUACUGGGCCGUACGCACUACCCUCUGUAGUGCCUUGCGGUCAGAGGCCAAGCAGUUGCCAUACCAGGCGGUGACGCAACCAGUCAGGAUGCUCUCGAUGGUGCAGCUGUAGAAUUUUUUGAGGAUCUGAGGACCCAUGCCAAAUCUUUUUAGUCUCCUGAGGGGGAAUAGGCUUUGUCGUGCCCUCUUCACGACUGUCUUGGUGUGUUUGGACCAUGAUAGUUCGUUGGUAAGCAGCUUGGUUUGAAGAAAUCAACUGUGGGAGCAAUUAUUAGGAAAUGGAAGACAUACAAGACCACUGAUAAUCUCCCUCGAUCUGGGGCUCCACGCAAGAUCUCACCCCGUGGGGUCAAAAUGAUCACAAGAACGGUGAGCAAAAAUCCCAGAACCACACGGGGGGACCUAGUGAAUGACCUGCAGAGAGCUGGGACCAAAGUAACAAAGCCUACCAUCAGUAACACACUACGCCGCCAGGGACUCAAAUCCUGCAGUGCCAGACGUGUCCCCAUGCUUAAGCCAGUACAUGUCUAGGCCCGUCUGAAGUUUGCUAGAGUGCAUUUGGAUGAUCCAGAAGAGGAUUGGGAGAAUGUCAUAUGGUCAGAUGAAACCAAAAUAUAACUUUUUGGUAAAAACUCAACUCGUCGUGUUUGGAGGACAAAGAAUGCUGAGUUGCAUCCAAAGAACACCAUACCUACUGUGAAGCAUGGGGGUGGAAACAUCAUGCUUUGGGGCUGUUUUUCUGCAAAGGGACCAGGACGAGUGAUCCGUGUAAAGGAAAGAAUGAAUGGGGCCAUGUAUCGUGAGAUUUUGAGUGAAAACCUCCUUCCAUCAGCAAGGGCAUUGAAGAUGAAACGUGGCUGGGUCUUUCAGCAUGACAAUGAUCCCAAACACACCGCCGGGCAACGAAGGAGUGGCUUCGUAAGAAGCAUUUCAAGGUCCUGGAGUGGCCUAGCCAGUCUCCAGAUCUCAACCCCAUAGAAAAUCUUUGGAGGGAGUUGAAAGUCCGUGUUGCCCAGCGACAGCCCCAAAACAUCACUGCUCUAGAGGAGAUCUGCAUGGAGGAAUGGGCCAAAAUACCAGCAACAGUGUGUGAAAACCUUGUGAAGACUUACAGAAAACGUUUGACCUGUGUCAUUGCCAACAAACUUUUGUUAUUGACCAAAUACUUAUUUUCCACCAUAAUUUGCAAAUAUAUUCAUUAAAAAUCCUACAAUGUGAUUUUCCCCCCCCACUGUAUUAGGGUUGCAAAGGGAGGGUAUAUUACUGGAAACUUUAGAAGUUUACCAGUAAAGUACCAGAAUUUUGGUAUCUUUCAAGGAUUUUAUAUAAUCUAGCACAAUACAUCUAGUGGCUCUUUUGGGUACUUCAGAUUAUCACUGGUGUCUAUAAUAAUCUCUGUCCCUCUGUGUGACUUUAUCACAUGUAAAAUAUAUCAAAUAAUUGAAUAAGAUUAUUAAAAAAUUAAAAAAUAGAAUGACAAAGCUGUAAAACAUUCUCCUAAAUAUAAACCAUAAACUUAGUGAAUACCAUUGGUGUUUCAUUUGAGGGUUUCAGCAUGAAAUGUCCUUUAUAAAACAAUGUUUACUCACUUAUUUAUUUGACCUUCUCAAUAUGUUUGUGUUUUCAAUAUUUUGGUGUCAAGCUGGUAUGCCUCUGCCUCUCUCUUCCUAGCUGCGAGUCACAACGAAGCUAAGAUCUUCUUCUACCUGCUGAUUGGCUGUUCCAUAGUCAGUUCCUGUUACACCCUGGUGUGGGACCUGAAGAUGGACUGGGGCUUGUUUGACCGCAACGCAGGCGAUAACACAUUACUCAGAGAGGAGAUCGUCUACCCUCAGAAAGUUAGUAUACACCUUUGAAAAAAAGCUAUACCUACCAAAAUAUUGAAUAAAGGUGCUGAUUUAAUCAUAUAUACAGUGGGGAGAACAAUUAUUUGAUACACUGCCGAUUUUGCAGGUUUUCCUACUUGCAAAGCAUGUAGAGGUCUGUAAUUUUUAUCAUAGGUACACUUCAACUGUGAGAGACGGAAUCUAAAACAAAAAUCCAGAAAAUCACAUUGUAUGAUUUUUAAGUAAUUAAUUUGCAUUUUAUUGCAUUACAUAAGUAUUUGAUACAUCAGAAAAGCAGGGGCUGUCGCUGGGCAAUACGGACUUUCAGCUCUCUCCAAAGAUUUUCUAUUGGGUUCAGGUCUGGAGACUGGCUAGGCCACUCCAGGACCUUGAGAUGCUUCUUACGGAGGCACUCCUUAGUUGCCCUGGCUGUGUGUUUCGGGUCGUUGUCAUGCUGGAAGACCCAGCCACGACCCAUCUUCAAUGCUCUUACUGAGGGAAGGAGGUUGUUGGCAAAGAUCUCGCGAUACAUGGCCCCAUCCAUCCUCCCCUCAAUACGGUGCAGUCGUCCUGUCCCCUUUGCAGAAAAACAUCCCCAAAGAAUGAUGUUUCCACCUCCAUGCUUCACGGUUGGGAUGGUGUUCUUGGGGUUGUACUCAUCCUUCUUCUUCCUCCAAACACGGCGAGUGGAGUUUAGACCAAAAAGCUCUAUUUUUGUCUCAUCAGACCACAUGACCUUCUCCCAUUCCUCCUCUGGAUCAUCCAGAUGGUCAUUGGCAAACUUCAGACGGGCCUGGACAUGCGCUGCCUUGAGCAGGGGGACAUUGCGUGCGCUGCAGGAUUUUAAUCCAUGACAGCGUAGUGUGUUACUAAUGGUUUUCUUUGAGACUGUGGUCCCAGCUCUCUUCAGGUCAUUGACCAGGUCCUGCCGUGUAGUUCUGGGCUGAUCCCUCACCUUCCUCAUGAUCAUUGAUGCCCCACGAGGUGAGAUCUUGCAUGGAGCCCCAGACCGAGGGUGAUUGACCGUCAUCUUGAACUUCUAAUAAUUGCGCCAACAGUUGUUGCCUUCUCACCAAGCUGCUUGCCUAUUUUCCUGUAGCCCAUCCCAGCCUUGUGCAGGUCUACAAUUUUAUCCCUGAUGUCCUUACACAGCUCUCUGGUCUUGGCCAUUGUGGAGAGGUUGGAGACUGUUUGAUUGAGUGUGUGACAGGUGUCUUUUAUACAGGUAACGAGUUCAAACAGGUGCAGUUAAUACAGGUAAUGAAUGGAGAACAGGGGGGCUUCUUAAAGAAAAAUUAACAGGUCUGUGAGAGCUGGAAUUCUUACUGGUUGGUAGGUGAUCACAUACUUUUGUCAUGCAAUAAAAUGCAAAUUAAUUACUUAAAAAUCAUACAAUGUGAUUUUCUGGAUUUUUGUUUUAGAUUCCGUCUCUCACAGUUGAAGUGUACCUAUGAUAAAAAUGACAGACCUCUACAUGCUUUCUAAGUAGGAAAACCUGCAAAAUCGGCAGUGUAUCAAAUACUUGUUCUCCCCACUGUAUAUACUGAACAAAAAUAUAAAUGCAACAUGUAACAAUUUCAAAGAUUUACUGGGUUACAGUUCAUAUAUAAGGAAAUAAGUAAAUUGAAAUAAAUUAAUUAGGCCCUAAUCUAUGGAUUUCACAUGACUGGGAAUACAGAUAUGCAUCUGUUGGUCACAGACACAUUUUUUUUCAAAGGUAGGGGUGGGGAUCAGAAAACCAGUCAGUAUCUGGUGUGACCACCAUUUGCCUCAUGCAGCGCAACACAUCUCCUUUGCAUAGAGUUGAUUGUGGCCUAUAGAAUGUUGUCCCACUCCUCUUCAAUAGCUGUGUGAAGUUGCUCGAUAUUGUCAUGAACUGGAACAGGCUGUCAUACAUGUCGAUCCAGAGCAUCCCAAACAUGCUCAAUGGGUGACAUGUCUGGUGAGUAUGCAGGCCAUGGAAGAACUGGGACAUUUUCAGCUUCCAGGAAUUGUGUACAGAUCCUUGCAACAUGGGGCCGUGCAUUAUCUUGCUGAAACAUGAGGUGAUGGCGGCGGAUGAAUGGCACGACAAUGCCAAAUUCUCUAAAACAAAGUUGGAGGUGGCUUAUGGUAGAGAAAUGAACAUUCAAUUCUCUGGCAACAGCUCUGGUGGACAUUCCUGCAGUCGGCAUGACAAUUGCACGCUCCCUCAAAACUUGAGACCUCUGUGGCAUUGUGUUGUGUGACAAAACUGAAAUGUAGAGUGCAUUUUAUUGUCCCCUGCACAAGGUGCAGCUGUGUAAUGAUCCUGCUGUUUAAUCAGCUUCUUGAUAUGCCACACCAGUCAGGCGGAUGGAUUAUCUUGGCAAAGGAGAAAUGCUCACUAACAGGGAUGUAUAAAAAUUUGUGAACAUUUCUGGGAUAUUUUGUUUCAGCUCAUGAAACAUGGGACCAACACUACAUGUUGCGUUUAUAUUUUUGUUCAAUAUACAGUACCAGUCAAAAGUUUGGACUCACCUACUCAUUCAAGGGCUUUUCUUUAUUUUGACUAUUUUCUACAUUGUAGAAUAAUAGUGAAGACAUCAAAACUAUGAAAUAACACGUAUGGAAUCAUGUAGUAACCCAAAAAAAGUGUUAAACAAAUCAAAAUAUAUUUUAGAUUCUUCAAAGUAGCCACCCUUUGCCUUGAUGACAGCUUUGCACACACUUGGCAUUCUCUCAACCAGCUUCAUGAGGAAUGCUUUUCCAACAGUCUUGAAGGAGUUCCUACAUGCUGAGCACUUGUUGGCCGCUUUUCCUUCACUCUGCGGUCCAACUAAUCCCAAACCAUCUCAAAUGGGUUGAGGUCGGGUGAUUGUGGAGGCCAGGUCAUCUGAUGCAGCACUCCAUCACUCUCCUUCUUGGUCAAAUAGCCCUUACACAGCCUGGAGGUGUGUUUUGGGUCAUUGUCCUGUUGAAAAAUAAAUGAUAGUCCCACUAAGCACAAACCAGAUGGGAUGGCGUAUCGCUGCAGAAUGCUGUGGUAGCCAUACUGGUUAAAUGUGCCUUGAAUUCUAAAUAAAUCACAGACAGUGUCACCAGCAAAGCACCAUAACACCUUCUCCACCUCCUCCUCCAUUCUUCACGGUGGGAACCACACAUGCGGAGAUCAUCCGUUCACCUGCACCACGUCUCUCAAAUCUGGACUCAUCAGACCAAAGGACAGAUUUCCACCGAUCUAAUGUCGAUUGCUCGUGUUUCUUGGCCCAAGCAAGUCUCUUCUUCUUAUUGGUGUCCUUUAGUAGUGGUUUCUUUGCAGCAAUUUGACCAUGAAGGCCUGAUUCACACAGUCCCCUCUGAACAGUUGAUGUUGAGAUGUGUCUGUUACUUGAACUCUGAAGCAUUUAUUUGGGCUGCAAUUUCUGUGGCUGGUAACUCUAACUUAUCCUCUGGGUCUUCCAUUCCUGUGGCGGUCCUCAUGAGAGCCAGUUUCAUCAUAGCGCUUGAUGGUUUUUGCGACUGCACUUGAAGAAACUUUCAAAGUUUUUGAAAUGUUCCGUAUUGACUGACCUUCAUGGCAUAAAGUAAUGAUGGACUGUCGUUUCUCUUUGCUUAUUUGAGCUGUUCUUGCCAUAAUAUGGACUUGGUCUUUUACCAAAUAGGGCUAUCUUCUGUAUACCACCCCUACCUCGUCACAACACAAUUGAUUGGCUCAAAUGCAUUUAAGAAGGAAUGCAUUUCAGGUGACUACCUCAUGAAGCUGGUUGAGAUAAUGCCAAGAGUGUGCAAAGUUGUCAUCAAGGCAAAGGGUGGCUACUUUAAAGAAUCAGAAAUAUAUAUUUGUUUAACACUUUUUUUGGUUACUAUAUAAUUCCAUAUGUGUUAUUUCAUAGUGUUGAUGUCUUCUAUUAUUUUACAAUGUAGAAAAUAGUUAAAAUAAAGAAAAACCCUGGAGUGAGUAGGUGUGUCCAAACUUUUGACUGGUACUUAAUAUAUAUUGUUGGCGAAAGCAUAUGCCUCAAAGAGGAACAGAGAGGAUGUCUGAUAAUUUAUAAAAUAAUCAUUAAAAUAUUUUUUGGGGGCCUACUAUUUCUGUCAUUUCAGAAGAUGUGUAUGUGAUGAUAAUGUGUGUUUUCAGGCCUACUACUACUGUGCCAUACUGGAGGAUGUGCUGCUGCGUUUUGCCUGGACGAUACCCCUCUCCCUGAGCACGGUCAGUGGGAUACCCUCAGCUGCAGACAUCGUGGCCACCAUCCUAGCCCCUCUGGAGGUCUUCAGGUGAGAACACUCACUAUCUCUCUCUCCCUCUCUUUCUCACACUAUCUAUCUCUCUCACUAUCUUUCCCCCCCCCCCCCCCCCCCCUCUCUCUCUCUCUCUCUCUCACUAUGUCUCUCCCCCUUUCUCUCACUAUCUCUUUCUCUCCCCCUCUCUCUCACUAUCUGUCUCACUCUCUCUCACUACCUAUCUCUCUCUACCCCUCUCUCACUAUCUCUCGCCCCCUCUCUUUCUCUCACUAUUUCUCACUCAAUUAAAUUCAAAGGGCUUUACUGGCAUAGGAAACAUAUGUUUAUAUUGCCAAAGCAAGUGAAAUAGAUAAUAAACAAUCAGAAAUGAACAGUAAACAUUACACUCACAAAGGUGUCAAAGGAAUAGACACAUUUCAAAUGUCAUAUUAUGGCUAUGUACAGUGUUAUAAUGAUGUGCAAAUAGUUACAGUACAAAAGGGAAAAUAAAUACAAAAAUACAGUGGCUUGCGAAAGUAUUCACCCCCUUGGCAUUUUUCCUAUUUUGUUGCCUUACAACCUGGAAUUAAAAUUUAUUUUUUGGGGGGUUUGUAUCAUUUGAUUUACCCAACAUGCAUAAGACAAAAAAACUGAACUUGAGCGUGCAUAACUUCACCCCCCCAAAGUCAAUACUUUGUAGAGCCACCUUUUGCAGCAAUUACAGCUGCAAGUCUCUUGGGGUAUGUCUCUAUAAGCUUGGCACAUCUAGCCACUGGGAUUUUUGCCCAUUCUUCAAGGCAAAACUGCUCCAGCUCCUUCAAGUUGGAUGGGUUCUGCUGGUGUACAGCAAUCUUUAAGUCAUACCACAGAUUCUCAAUUGGAUUGAGGUCUGGGCUUUGAGUAGGCCAUUCCAAGACAUUUAAAUGUUUCCCCUUAAACCACUCAAGUGUUGCUUUAGCAGUAUGCUUAGGGUCAUUGUCCUGCUGGAAGGUGAACCUCCGUCCCAGUCUCAAAUCUCUGGAAGACUGAAACAGGUUUCCCUCAAUUUCCCUGUAUUUAGCGCCAUCCAUCAUUCCUUCAAUUCUGACCAGUUUCCCAGUCCCUGCUGAUGAAAAACAUCCCCACAGCAUGAUGCUGCCACCACCAUGCUUCACUGUGGGGAUGGUGUUCUCGGGGUGAUGAGAGGUGUUGGGUUUGCGCCAGACAGCGUUUUCCUUGAUGGCCAAAAAGCUCAAUUUUAGUCUCAUCUGACCAGAGUACCUUCUUCCAUAUGUUUGGGGAGUCUCCCACAUGCCUUUUGGCGAACACUAAACGUGUUUGCUUAUUUUUUUCUUUAAGCAAUGGCUUUUUUCUGGUCACUCUUCCGUGAAGCCCAGCUCUGUGGAGUGUACGGCUUAAAGUGGUCCUAUGGACAGAUACUCCAAUCUCCGCUGUGGAGCUUUGCAGCUCCUUCAGGGUUAUCUUUGGUCUCUUUGUUGCCUCUGAUUAAUGCCCUCCUUGCCUGGUCUGUGAGUAUUGGUUGGCGGCCCUCUCUUGGCAGGUUUGUUGUGUUGCCAUAUUCUUUCCAUUUUUUAAUAAUGGAUUUAAUGGUGCUCCGUGGGAUGUUCAAAGUUUCGGGUAAAAUUAAUUGACAUUUGUUUGGUAAAAACAGUAGGAUAAAUACACAUGUAGGUAGAGUCCAUUCUCGUUUUGUCUCCUUUUCUUUUAAGAGCUUUGUCACAACGGACCAGUCAGUCAAUGCCCCCUCAGGGGUUAUGGAGUAUGCAGUGUUACUUAAAAAGAACAAUCUAAUAGAAAAUGGUAGCUAGUAGCUAUUGUACAUAAAGGAGUGCCAUACAUUCAUAACCAUAAUAGUAGUAUUUUUUUUUGGGGGGGGGGGGGGGGGGACUUUGUGUGUGUGAGUGCCAUUGAAGGUAUUAACUGUAAAAUACCAUAUUUGGAGGAGGAUUUGUUUACAUUUGACAGGUGUUGGAAUCUGUCUCUCGGGUCUAUACUUCUCCACAACUUUGUCCCUGACCUGUUUGGAGAGCUCCUUGGGUCUUCAUGGUGCCACUUGCUUGGUGGUGCCCAUUACUUAGUGUUGUUGCAGACUCUGGGGCCUUUCAGAACAGGUGUAUAUAUACUGAGAUCAUGUGACAGAUCAUGUGACACUUAGAUUGCACACAGGUGGACUUUAUUUAACUAAUUAUGUGACUUCUGAAGGUAAUUGGUUGUACCAGAUCUUAUUUAGGGGCUUCAUAGCAAAGGGGUGAAUACAUAUGCACGCACCACUUUUCCGUUAUUUAUUUUUUAGAAUUUUUUGAAACAAGUAAUUUUUUUCAUUUCACUUCACCAAUUUGGACUAUUUUGUGUAUGUCCAUUACAUGAAAUCCAAAUAAAAAUCAAUUUAAAUUACAGGUUGUAAUGCAACAAAAUAUGAAAAACGCCAAGGGGGAUGAAUACUUUUGCAAGGCACUGUAUGGGUUGUAUUUACAAUGGUGUUUGUUCUUCACUGGUUGCCCUUUUCUUUUGGCACACUGUGGUAUUUCACCUAAUAGACAUGGGAGUUUAUCAAAAUUGGAUUUGUUUUGGAAUUCUUUGUGGGUCUGUGUAAUCUGAGGUAAAUAUGUGUCUCUAAUAUGGUCAUACAUUUGGCAGGAGGUUAGGAAGUGCAGCUCGGUUUCCAUCUCAUUUUGUGAGCAGUGUGCACAUAGCCAGUCUUCUCUUGAGAGCCAGGUCUGCCUACGGCGGCCUCUCUCAAUAGCAAGGCCAUGCUCACUGAGUCUGUACAUAGUCAAAGCUUUCCUUAAUUUUGGGUCAGCCACAGUGGUCAGGUAUUCUGCCACUGUGUACUCUCUGAUUAGGGAUAAAUAGCAUUCAUCUCGCUCUCUCUCGCUCUCUGUCUCUUGUGUUCUAUAUUUUCUUUGCAUUCUCUCUUCCUUUCUCUUUAUUUCUCCCUACCCUCUGUCUCUCAAACACCCUUUUUCUAUGCCAAAAUCAUAUUUCCUGUGAAUGGACAUUUCAGGUCUGCCUACUGUUAUGGUGCCCUCUAGGUGGAGCUCUUUCUCCAGAAGAUUUUAAAAGGCAACUAUUUAGCCACUAUAUACCUCAAGGAUAUUUCAUACAUAAUUCUCUCUUUCUCUUCCCAUACGAACAUUGAAACAUCUCAACAACAUUUCACUUGAUAUUCUCUUCCUCCCCCUCUCCACUGCAGGCGUUUUGUCUGGAACUUCUUCCGUCUAGAGAACGAGCACCUGAAUAACUGUGGUGAGUUCCGUGCCGUGAGGGACAUCUCAGUGGCUCCGCUGAAUGCUGACGACCAGACGCUGCUGGAGCAGAUGAUGGACCAGGAGGAUGGAGUCAGGAACCGCCUGGGCAAGAAGAACUGGAAACGCUCCUACAGCAUGUCUCUGAGACGGCCACGCCUCGCUUCCCAGUAUGGUUAUAGAAUAGCUACACACACACAUUGACAUGCACACACAUUGGCAUGCGCAUGCAUACACACCCACACAAUGCUACAGCAUGUCCCUGAGACGGCCAUGCCUCGCUUCCCAGUAUGGUAAUAACGCACACACCUUAUAUAAAACGUAUGGCUGUGUUGCCGUCUACUAAACUUUCUCUCUCCCUCCCUCUCAGGACCAAGACCCGGGACACCAAAGUUCUCAUCGAGGACACUGACGAGGACACCUGA